AUGUUCUAUAACUUUGCUGCUCCUCGCUCAAUCGCCAAACGCCAACGAGUGAAUAGAGCCUGCAACUUCUGUCGCGCACAGCGCAUCCGAUGCGACCCUCAUAUCCCAUGCGCCCAGUGCGUUGACCAUGACGUCUCUUGCAGUCGCCUUCGGUCUCUUCACUCAUCCCCAAAUAGAAGAGAAUCUCGCAAGAACGCAUCCGAUUUCUCGCAACCACAGCGGGUUCCUGAAACCGCUUCAAACUCCAGCCAGAGCGGUCCAGGGACAACACCGAGGUGCCCACCAUCACCACAUUCGCCAGACUCACAAGCAGUAUCUAUAACGUACCAGCUGGACUCGACACUGGAAUUCGUCACGCGCAUCAAUACUUUCUGCUCAGGCGUCCUACGCCCACCGUCGCAGAUAGGCGCACAUUUGUCAAAUGACAACAACGAUGAACACCCCGGCCCAUAUAGAUCGCCUUUCUGCCCCGGCGAAGUAGAUCCCAUUAGCGCCGCAUAUUGCGAUAUCUCGCCCGAGCAGAUGAAGAGUCUAUUCUGGGUAUUCCGGACACGCCUGCAUCCGCAUAUCCCGAUUCUUUCUCAAGAAGAUCUCGAAAUGCCCGUGUCACCGGCCCAAGUCGACGACGACAACGAGCCCCUACUCCCCACCCCGCUGCAAGAUGCCGUAAUCGCAUAUACAAUGCAGUAUAUUUUCCAUUCGGGCCUCCAUACGCGGCUUCUGGGCCUACAGUGGAAGCACUUUGAGCCGGGCAAUCGAUCCAGGGUGAUCGGCAUGCAAUAUUUUCAGCGGUGUCUAGCUUACUGUACGCAGUACGCUAUCUUUGCGACUCCGUCGCUCAUGACGCUGAAAUGCUUUUGCAUCAUGUCGCUCUUUCUCCUAGAUACCGGCCAGCAUCAUGCGGCAUAUAGCCUGAUCGGAAUGGCUGUGCGUGUCGCGCGGUUCCUGAAUCUGGACCGAGUCGAGCCUGGCUCGGACGAGAUGGAGAACCUCCAGCUUUGGUGGACGCUUGUUCAUCUUGAUUUCCGCUGCUCCCGGUACUCAGGCAAGCCUGUUUCGGAGAUUUUUUCUAUUGCGGCGUCGACGCCAUUUUGUCCGCCGGAUAGUGUGGCUAAUGGGAAAUCAUCGCCGUACUAUUUUCAGUGUCUUCGAUUGACAUGUGCCGCGCUGGCUGUUGUCAAGGCCUUGACGCAUCGGUUAGGAUCUGUAGAGUCUGAUAUCGAGGCACACGCCCUGGUUCUAUCGGGGCAGCUUCUCCCUAUUGAGAAAUGGAAAGAAGAUCUACGCAGUGAUAGAUAUUUUCGGCAUAUUCAUGUUCGCCUAGAUCUACCCGAUCUCCACCCCCACGAGGAAGAGAAUUACAACACUCUGCGCUGCGAAGAGAACCACAGCACCACAAAUCCAAUAUCCCAUCCUCUUCAAAUCCAACUCUCCACCCUUCUGGAACUCCAGUAUCACGAUAUCCUCAUAAGUCUCCACCGCAGCUUCAUAAUACUUCCUCCUUCGACGCCACCGCACGCCCACCGACCAGAAACAGACUCGCACGCACACACAGCAUUAAAUCACGCAUUAAGAACAAUUGACCUCAUUCACACCCGCAUGACCCAGCACGACGUUUUUUACGGGUGCAGCGAGUUGUACCAGUACCAAUGGAACGCGGUCCUAACGAUAAUCGGGUUCAUGCUCGCGUAUUCAUCCUCAAUACACUGUGCGGCGGCGCUUCGACAUAUCGAUCUCGCGCUCCAGGUAUUCGAGUUCGGGGGUCGUUUAUCGGACGCUGCGGCUCGUGCGGCAGAAUUCACGCGGUUUCUGAGGGACAAGGUAUACAAGAUGGGUAUUUCCUUAGACAUUAAUAGUGGUGACUCUAUGAAGGAGAUGCAGUCUUCAGGGGACUUGUCGGCCUUCGGGAUACCAAUGGAAGGAGACGUAUAUUUCGAUAGGACUAGAGGUACUAGCAUAUUGCCGCAUUUGACGACGGACUUGAGUCUCUGGUCUUGGGCUGAUUUUGUUGAUCCUAACGUGGUUGGCUUAUGA